AUGGAUCCUCUGUCCAUCGCUGGGACCACCGCCGGACUCCUCACCCUCACGGCCCAGAUCAUCACGCGGGGCUAUGCGUGUAUGAUGCGACUGAAGAGCAACGAUGACGAUGUCCGCACAGCCGUCAACGACGUCUCCAGCUUCUCGGGGAUCCUCAUGGCAAUCGAGUCGCAAUGCAAAGAGCGCGGCGACGACAUUGCCUCGCCCAUGAGUCACCUCAUCAUCAAGAAUCAACCAUUGUGGAGGAAGAAGGUUGACGAGUGCGAAGCGGUGCUGGUGGAGAUGCUUGAAAUCCUGGAUUCACUCACCAAGGCGAAUAAGGCACAGUUGCUUAUCAAGGGCAACAGUCUCUGGGAGAAGCUUCAGAAAUCUACCACCCAGACUGAGACGUCGAAGAGCUUCUUUAUCCUGUGUUUGCAACUGCAGAAUAAUGAGGAUAUCAGAUCCUCGCAGAAGAUAAGCGGGAAGAUCAUGUCAUCACUAGAUCGCCUACGGGACGAGCAAGAUCGCGCAAGGCAGGAGGCCAAAUUGAAGGAACGAAAGGAACAACAGCAUGGCAUGAUGGAAUGGCUUGGCUUCCCGGGCGAAGCGAUGCAAGAUGACCUAAUCAACACAGGACACCCAGGGUCCUCUCAAUGGCUUUUUGAGCGCGAGGAGUUCAUCGACUGGCUCACAGCUGAUGGGCAGUCAGGUUUAUGGCUUCGAGGUCCACAGGGCGCUGGCAAGACCAUCAUUGUUUCACGAGUCAUCGACUUUAUCCAGACCCAGUGUCUAGACCAGGAUGCGGUCCUGCUCUUCCACUUCUGCAGAUUUACGGACGAGGCAACGAGAUCACAAGACCAGCUUCUCGGUGCUCUCAUCACACAGCUUCUUGAUAACCUGCCAGAAGACUCGCCUCUUCCUGAUACCCUCACCUCGAUGAUGAAGCGAUCCCGAUUCUCGUCAUAUCCCCGCGUCUCAAGACUCAAACCGGUCUUCUUAGAGCUUUGCAAAGCUCAUGCAAUGGUCUACAUUGUUGUCGAUGGUUUGGACGAGCUUGAUAACUUCAAGGACAUCCUAGAGCUGAAGUCUGCCUUUGAAUCAUAUAUCAAUGUUGAGAUCCUGCCCGAAGAUGUUGAGUCUGACAGGAAAUUAGACCCCGGUCUACUUGUUAUGGAACUCGCCACGCGAGCUGGUGGCAUGUUUCUCUGGGCUGUAUGUCAGGUCCAAUACCUGUCGCGUAUCAGGACCACCAUCACCCCCGAUCUCAUUGCCACACUACCACCAGCACUUGAGAGCAUAUUCGAGAACGUGCUCAUGACGCUCGAAGACAAGGACCGGAAGAUGACUCUUCGCAUAUUGCAACUCGUCAUGUUUUCAUUUCGAUCCUUAGAUCUGGCCGAAAUUGACGAAGCCAUAGCGAUUUCACCCUCCAGCAAAAGCCUAGCCGGACUGCUUCGCCUACGCCAGAAAGAUGCCAUCUUGGAAAUGUGUGGUUGUAUGCUCUCUCAGUCGCCUCGUACCAAGAAGAUCCAGCUUGCACACAGUUCAGUAGAGCUCUUUGCGACUUGCGUUCGGUACCUCAGCAUGAACGACUUCGACUCGGACACAUUUCGGGAGACAUUUCGCCUCGCUCUGGACGGGGGCCAUGCCGAUUCAGAUCUGCAGGCUUUUGCAAAGGCACCAUUCCUCGAUUACGCCGUCAGCCACCUCGUUUCUCACAUGAAGAAAAUCGAGCUUGUCAUUGACUCUACUGACCAUGAUUGCACGGGUUUAGCCGACAGGUUCUUCUUUGAAGAUAGCUCCCGGUUUACGUCUUGGCUCCUGGUGCGACAGUAUCUUGAUGGCACGUACAGAAACCCGCCUGGUAGCAACGCAUACCACAUUGCUGCCAUUUACGGCAUUGAGCAGGUCUUUGGCUUGGGUCCUGAUCAGUACGGCCUCAAAGCACAAACCUUAGACGGCAGAAAUGUGCUGCAUCUCGCACUAGAGAAUCAGCAAUGGGAGAUCGUUGACGCCAUUCUGCGUCUGGGACUGGGAGAUCUCCUUAGCGAAUUCGAUAAGCAAGGACGCUCUCCGCUGCACGUUGCGGUUGAGCUCGGCAAUUCCUUCAUGGUUCAGCGCCUCAUCGAGGGAGGAGCGGACCCGAACCUCGCCAGCUCUCUCAACCAGGGUCGAACUCCGAUCUUCAUGGCUGUAGAGAAUAAGUGGGAUGAGCUUACCGAGUAUCUCUCAGGCAGAGCCAAUCUAGACAUCUGUCUUGACGAUGGACGCUCGCUCCACCACGUGGCCGCGCAGUCUGGAAGCCUCGAAUGGAUCACCGCGUUGGAAAGGUAG